ACAGAAAGAGCUUCCAUCUACUGUGUUUUUUGUUCAUCUCUGUGUUGGUUGCUAGGAAGGGAGCAGGCUUCUACAACUUCUCACGUCCAUACUACUGUUGAGAGGGUUCGGAGUCCGGAUUAGGGAUCUGCGACAACUACUUUGUUCAACACGUCAUCAGCACUGAUCUACCUCGACUCAUGGAUCCGAUCGGCACCGACUCUCUAUCACGCCGGCAGGUCUCCUGGCCUUGCCGAGCUGUCCUAUGUGACAGACUUCGUUCUCAUUCGUCGAAUCAGGAAUCACGGUAUAAAAUCUUGAGUGGAUCUGCGAUUCCUAUUCACCGAGUAUAUCGCCUUCCCGCACCGCCAGCGUAAACCGGCGAUAUAUUGUAAUACUCAGUUGCAGUCGUAUAAUUUUUUUUAGAUAAUGACCUUUGUAUUUACACUGUACAAUAUAGUUUAGCGUAGG